CUGGCAACAUCCGCGCCUUCCCUAUCUGGGCGAGAGGCACGCACUUUGCCAAGCCAGAAUUUUCCCUGCACAACGCACUAAAGUCAAGGUCGCCAACACCUCAGCACCAUCUUGUAAAGUCGAGACAUUCAGCGAUUGGGAUAGAGUCGACCAAAUCCUCCAGUCGCCAUCAUGUCUCAACCAGCCCUCAACAAGAUCGCCCACAACAGCCCUUCGAGGCAACACCCAUCCGAGCUGGAGACCAGCAUCGCGACUGCCCUCUAUGAACUCGAGACCAACAUCCCAGACCUCAAGUCUGCCCUGAGACCGCUUCAAUUCGUCUCUGCUCGCGAGCUCGAAGUCGGCCACGGCAAGCGUGCGGUCGUUGUCUUCGUCCCCGUCCCUCUCCUCGGCGGCUUCCACAAGAUUCAGCAACGUCUGACCCGUGAGCUCGAGAAGAAGUUCUCCGACCGCCACGUUCUGUUCAUCGCUUCGCGUCGCAUCCUCCCCCGCCCCAAGCGAUCCAACCGAUCUCGCACCUCGCAGACUCAGAAGCGUCCUCGCAGCAGAACUUUGACCGCGGUCCACGAGUCCAUUCUCGCCGACGUCGUUUACCCAGUCGAGAUUGUCGGAAAGAGACUCCGAACAAAGGAGGACGGAAGCAAGGUCUUGAAGGUCGUUCUCGAUGAGAAGGAGCGCGGCGGUGUGGACUACAGACUCGAUACUUACUCUGAGGUGUACCGAAAAUUGACCGGCCGUGUUUGUGGCUUUGAGUUCCCAAUGAGCGCUGCUACGGAUUACUAGAUGGAUCAAAAACGUCGUGGCUUGAACAGGGGUGUUCAGAACUAAGGUGCACGAGGGGCAUGAUGGCGUCCAUUUCUGAAUGGGGAUGAGGACAUCGCUUUGCAUCAAAAGGAAAAGUUCCGACAUUGCAAGCAUGCAGAGGUUGCAUUGUGUCUAGGUUGAACGUCAGUGCAGAUACCAAGCAAUGCAAAAUUCAACAGUUUCACAUCACGCA